AUGGCGACGCCUGUCAACAAUUCGGAUUGUUGGAAAACCCCUGAAGUUUACAAACAUCACGAACAGCGUAAAAUAUGCAUUUCUCGACCGAAGUAUCGAGAAGGAAGGAAAGCUAAAGCCGUUAAGGUGUACACCAUCAAUUUGGAAUCCCGUUACGUUAUGGUGCAAGGGGUCCCAGCUAUUGGAGUGAUGACUGAGCUGAUCCAGCUCUGUGCCUUGUAUGGGGUCGUUGAGGAGUAUAGGCCACUGGAUGAGUAUCCUACUGAAGAGUUCACAGAGGUCUACCUCAUCAAGUUCCAGAAGCUCCCCAGUGCAAGAGCAGCAAAACGUCAUAUGGAUGAGAAGAGUUUCUAUGGAGGGGUACUGCAUGUAUGCUAUGUUCCUGAAUAUGAGACUGUGGAAGAUAUUAGGUUAAAGCUUCAAGACCGGAGGCGGUAUGUGAACAGGACUGCUCAAAAUAUAGCAAGAGAAAAGUUGCUGAAGGAAGGUGUGAAAAAGGAUGUUGGGUCAUCUGGCACAGCCCCCACAAAAGACAUGACCACUGCAGCAGAUGAUAAAGACCCUAGGAAUAAUAUCACAAGAGGGUGCUCAAGUACCAGUCAUUAUUUAGGCUUUCCCUUACUGCCACUGCCUCCUCAAGACAAUUACUAUGGAUAUAAGUCUGAAAGUCCAACAGAGGACAAAAUGGGGACUUUGCCUGAUGCUAACAUAGAGCCAACACAGCAGCCAACACAGAGUUUAAGCCCCUGUGAAGCCUCCUCCAGCAGAGACAGAGGCACAGCAAAAACUGUGGAUUCAAAUCAAGCUUCCACAGUCAGAUUUGUACCACGGACCACACAAUUAGAGAACAGGAAACGGAAAAUGGAGGAAGUCAAGGACAACUCUUUGUUUGAUUUUAUUGCAAAAGACAAGCCACUGAUUGGCCCAAAACUACCAGAGCCACCUAAAUUGGAUAUGGAGGAUGAAUCGCUAAACACAACAGUAAACCUGAUCAGGAACACCAUGACAAAGGUGACAUCAGUUCCUGACAUCAAACCAGCAGAGAAGAAGAUAAAACCUCGUCGUCGGAUUUGAUUGAGUCAGCUGUCUGAAUGCUUGACAUUUUGGAAAUCAUUAUUUUCUAAGACCCCUGUAGACUGUGUUUUUGUUAGCAGUCAGGGAAGGGGUAAGCAAUUAUUAAAGAAAACAGGCCUCAUAAUGAAAACGUCAAGGAUUAAUUCAUCGCUGAAGGGGGUCUUGAAAUGCUUGCUGCUCAAACAUCAGUAUAUUCUGAAAUGGUGA